UCAUCUAUAAAUUCAGUUUCAUUCCAUUCCACAAUCUUCUUCACUGAAACCCCAAUUUUUCAUCUCCCAGUUCGUCAAUUAGGUUUCAAUUUGGCUCAGAACCACCAUGGAUUUCACAGGCUUAAUUUCUUCCCUCCCAACUCUCCCUUUCUUCUUCACGAUGUUUCUUGCAAUAUACUUGAGUGCCCACUUCGUAAUCUUCCGUAAUUGGAGCCCCAAGCUCCGACCCGAAGCCGCCAGCUGCUUAAUCUCACUCGCCCAUGGCACUCCAGCCGUAUUUCUCGCCAUUCAAGCCAUCAUCGCCGACACCACCCAUGGAUUCGCCUCAAUCAACACCCGUUUUCAGAACUCUGUUCUCGAAUACAGCAUUGCAUACUUCUUAAUGGAUCUAUGUCACUAUUUAACCUUUUACCCAACAGAUAUCCUCUUCAUAGCUCAUCAUUUGGCCACCCUUUUCGUCAUCCUCACUUGUCGAUAUCUAGUAUUUCAUGGGGCGUAUGCGGUUUUGAUUUUACUUGCACUAGCGGAGGUCACGAGCUUGUUCCAGAACGUGUGGACGCUAUCAAGUGCUCGAAGGGCGGAUUCCAAAAUUGCAGCCCAGGUGUUUGCUUUUUUGUCUCCUCCAUUUUAUGCGUUAUAUUCUGUUGUUAGAGGUCUUGCUGGGCCUUUGUUUGUUUACAGAAUGGUUAUUUUCUAUUCAAGUGGGGCUGCAGAUAAUGUUGUUCCUAGGUGGGUAUGGGUUUCUUGGAUAUCUGUUGUCAUUAUGGCGAUUUCGGUUAGUAUUCUUUGGAUUUCUAAUCUGUGGAUCGAGUUGUAUAAAGAAAGAAUUUUUAAGCUUGAGAAGGAGAAGAAAAUUAGAUAGAAAAAGGUAUGAAUCAAGAGUGACUUGUGAUAUUUCCUGUAUGUUCAACAACUUCAUAUAUAUAAAAAAGAAUCAUUUAUCAUCUGAUACCUUUUUCUGAAAUGGAACAGUGAUUGUUACUCGUGGUGCUUUGUAUCUUUAUCUUUUGAAUUACUCCUCCGGGUUCUGGAAAUGGGUGAUCGUAGGCUUUGGUUGACUAAUCCCAUGGCAAGUCGUGACGGUAGACUUUGCUCAUGGCCCUGAGGUAAAUCUCCCUGUGGCCACAAGCGUAUAUGUAGUUGGCAGGAUUCGAACACUGGGUUGAUUUUAUCAUCCUCUUUGUCUUUAUCCACCAUGCUACCACACUUGUGGUUAAGAAUUAGUUUCUUGAGCUAGUGAAUGUAAAGGGUUGUUUGGUUGGUUUUCCAUUAAGUUCUGUAUUGAUAACAAACUGUCUUUUCUGUACACUUUCCCCAAUUCCGCUGCUACUGCGGGCUUUACGCGAUCGAUCGGAUUAUAUUGAUAUCCCUUCAAC